AUGCUGGCCAGCCAGUGGUUCACACGGGUGUUGCACCUGCAAUUGUCCAGAUCUACCAUCAGGGCCGGCCUGUCCUCCGUUAUGGAGGAUGUGAGUCCAGCAGCUGCAUCAUCGGUGAAAUUCUUCAACAUUUUGUGGAAGUCAGCAUUCUUCAUGUCUGCUCUUCAGCCAGCAGCAACGUACGAUGCUGGCGGCCUUCCUUCACCGCCGGAUGAUGGGGAGGGCGGGGCAGAUGGAGGCGGCCUUCCUUCGGCGCCGGAUGAUGAGGAGGGCGGGGCAGAUGGAGGCGGCCUUCCUUCGCCGCCGGAUGAUGAGGAGGGCGGGGCAGAUGGAGGCGGCCUUCCUUCGCCGCCGGAUGAUGAGGAGGACGGGACAGAUGGAGGCGGCCUUCCUUCGGCGCCGGAUGAUGAGGAGGCCGGGGCAGAUGGAGGCGGCCUUCCUUCGGCGCCGGAUGAUGAGGAGGGCGGGGCAGAUGGAGGCGGCCUUCCUUCGGCGCCGGAUGAUGAGGAGGGCGGGGCAGAUGGAGGCGGCCUUCCUUCGCCGCCGGAUGAUGAGGAGGGCGGGGCAGAUGGAGGCGGCCUUCCUUCGGCGCCGGAUGAUGAGGAGGGCGGGGCAGAUGGAGGCGGCCUUCCUUCGCCGCCGGAUGAUGAGGAGGGCGGGGCAGAUGCAGGCGGCCUUCCUUCGCCGCCUGAUGAUGAGGAGGGCGGGGCAGAUGGAGAUGGAGGCGACCUUCCUUCGCCGCCGGAUGAUGAGGAGGGCGGGGCAGAUGGAGGCGGCCUUCCUUCGCCGCCGGAUGAUGAGGAGGGCGGGGCAGAUGGAGGCGGCCUUCCUUCGGCGCCGGAUGAUGAGGAGGGCGGGGCAGAUGGAGGCGGCCUUCCUUCGCCGCCGGAUGAUGAGGAGGGCGGGGCAGAUGGAGGCGGCCUUCCUUCACCGCCGGAUGAUGAGGAGAGAGGGGCAGAUGGAGAUGGAGGCGGCCUUCCUUCUGCGCCGGAUGAUGAGGAGGGCGAGGCAGAUGGAGGCGGCCUUCCUUCGGCGCCGGAUGAUGAGGAGGGCGGGGCAGAUGGAGGCGGCCUUCCUUCACCGAGGGAUGAUGAGGAGGGCGGGGCAGAUGGAGGCGGCCUUCCUUCGCCGCCCGAUGAUGAGGAGGGCGGGGCAGAUGGAGGCAGCCUUCCUUCGCCGCCGGUUGAUGAGGAGGGCGGGGCAGAUGGAGGCGGCCUUCCUUCGCCGCCGGAUGAUGAGGAGGGCGGGGCAGAUGGAGGCGGCCUUCCUUCGCCGCCGGAUGAUGAGGAGGGCGGGGCAGAUGGAGGCGGCCUUCCUUCACCACCGGAUGAUGAGGAGGGCGGGGCAGAUGGAGGCGGCCUUCCUUCACCGCCGGAUGAUGAGGAGGGCGGGGCAGAUGGAAGCGGCCUUCCUUCGGCGCCAGAUGAUGAGGAGGGCGGGGCAGAUGGAGGCGGCCUUCCUUCACCGCCGGAUGAUGAGGAGGGCGGGGCAGAUGGAGGCGGCCUUCCUUCUGCGCCGGAUGAUGAGGAGGGCGGGGCAGAUGGAAGCGGCCUUCCUUCGCCGCCGGAUGAUGAGGAGGGCGGGGCAGAUGGAGGCGGCCUUCCUUCGGCGCCGGAUGAUGAGGAGGGCGGGGCAGAUGGAGGCGGCCUUCCUUCGGCGCCAGAUGAUGAGGAGGGCGGGGCAGAUGGAGGCGGCCUUCCUUCGGCGCCGGAUGAUGAGGAGGGCGGGGCAGAUGGAGGUGUUCUUCCUUCAGCGCCGGAUGAUGAGGAGGGCGGGGCAGAUGGAGGCGGCCUUCCUUCACCGCCGGAUGAUGAGGAGGGCGGGGCAGAUGGAGGCGGCCUUCCUUCGGCGCCGGAUGAUGAUGAGGGCGGGGCAGAUGGAGGCGGCCUUCCUUCGGCGCCGGAUGAUGAGGAGGGCGGGGCAGAUGGAGGCGGCCUUCCUUCGGCGCCGGAUGAUGAGGAGGGCGGGGCAGAUGGAGGCGGCCUUCCUUCGCCGCCGGAUGAUGAGGAGGGCGGGGCAGAUGGAGGCGGCCUUCCUUCACCGGCGGAUGAUGAGGAGGGCGGGGCAGAUGGAGGCGGCCUUCCUUCGCCGCCGGAUGAUGAGGAGGGCGGGGCAGAUGGAGGCGGCCUUCUUUCGCCGCCGGAUGAUGAGGAGGGCGGGGCAGAUGGAGGCGGCCUUCCUUCGCCGCCGGCUGAUGAGGAGGGCGGGGCAGAUGGAGGCGGCCUUCCUUCACCGCCGGAUGAUGAGGAGGGCGGGGCAGAUGGAGGCGGCCUUCCUUCGCCGCCGGAUGAUGAGGAGGGCGGGGCAGAUGGAGGCGGCCUUCCUUCGGCGCCGGAUGAUGAGGAGGGCGGGACAGAUGGAGGCGGCCUUCCUUCGGCGCCGGAUGAUGAGGAGGGCGGGGCAGAUGGAGGCGGCCUUCCUUCGGCACCGGAUGAUGAGGAGGGCGGGGCAGAUGGAGGCGGCCUUCCUUCGCCGCCAAAUGAUGAGGAGGGCGGGGCAGAUGGAGGCGGCCUUCCUUCGGCGCCGGAUGAUGAGGAGGGCGGGACAGAUGGAGGCGGCCUUCCUUCACCACCGGAUGAUGAGGAGGGCGGGGCAGAUGGAGGCAGCCUUCCUUCACCGCCGGAUGAUGAGGAGGGCGGGGCAGAUGGAGGCGGCCUUCCUUCGGCGCCGGAUGAUGAGGAGGGCGGGGCAGAUGGAGGCGGCCUUCCUUCGGCGCCGGAUGAUGAGGAGGGCGGGGCAGAUGGAGGCGGCCUUCCUUCGGCGCCGGAUGAUGAGGAGGGCGGGGCAGAUGGAGGCGGCCUUCCUUCGGCGCCGGAUGAUGAGGAGGGCGGGGCAGAUGGAGGCGGCCUUCCUUCGGCGCCGGAUGAUGAGGAUGGGCAGGGGAAAGGUGGAGGCGGCCUUCCUUCACCGCCGGAUGAUGAGGAGGGUGGGGCAGAUGGAGGCGGCCUUCCUUCGGCGCCGGAUGAUGAGGAGGGUGGGGCAGAUGGAGGCGGCCUUCCUUCGGCGCUGGAUGAUGAGGAGGGCGGGGCAGAUGGAGGCGUCCUUCCUUCGCCGCCGGAUGAUGAGGAGGGCGGGGCAGAUGGAGUCGGCCUUCCUUCACCGCCGGAUGAUGAGGAGGGCGGGGCAGAUGGAGGCGGCCUUCCUUCGCCGCCGGAUGAUGAGGAGGGCGGGGCAGAUGGAGGCGGCCUUCCUUCACUGCCGGAUGAUGAGGAGGGCGGGGCAGAUGGAGGCGGCCUUCCUUCACCGCCAGAUGAUGAGGAGGGCGGGGCAGAUGGAGGCGGCCUUCCUUCGCCGCCGGGUGAUGAGGAGGGCGGGGCAGAUGGAGGCGGCCUUCCUUCGGCGCCGGAUGAUGAGGAGGGCGGGGCAGAUGGAGGCGGCCUUCCUUCGGCGCCGGAUGAUGAGGAGGGCGGGGCAGAUGGAGGCGGCCUUCCUUCACCGCCGGAUGAUGAGGAGGGCGGGGCAGAUGGAGGCGGCCUUCCUUCGCCGCCGGAUGAUGAGGAGGGAGGGGCAGAUGGAGGCGGCCUUCCUUCGGCGCUGGAUGAUGAGGAAGGCGGGGCAGAUGGAGGCGGCCUUCCUUCGGCGCCGGAUGAUGAGGAGGGCGGGGCAGAUGGAGGCGGCCUUCCUUCGGCACCGGAUGAUGAGGAGGGCGGGGCAGAUGCAGGCGGCCUUCCUUCGCCGCCAAAUGAUGAGGAGGGCGGGGCAGAUGGAGGCGGCCUUCCUUCGGCGCCGGAUGAUGAGGAGGGCGGGACAGAUGGAGGCGGCCUUCCUUCACCACCGGAUGAUGAGGAGGGCGGGGCAGAUGGAGGCAGCCUUCCUUCACCGCCGGAUGAUGAGGAGGGCGGGGCAGAUGGAGGCGGCCUUCCUUCGGCGCCGGAUGAUGAGGAGGGCGGGGCAGAUGGAGGCGGCCUUCCUUCGGCGCCGGAUGAUGAGGAGGGCGGGGCAGAUGGAGGCGGCCUUCCUUCGGCGCCGGAUGAUGAGGAGGGCGGGGCAGAUGGAGGCGGCCUUCCUUCGGCGCCGGAUGAUGAGGAGGGCGGGGCAGAUGGAGGCGGCCUUCCUUCGGCGCCGGAUGAUGAGGAUGGCGGGGCAGAUGGAGGCGGCCUUCCUUCGCCGCCGGAUGAUGAGGAGGGCAGGGGAAAGGUGGAGGCGGCCUUCCUUCAUCGCCGGAUGAUGAGGAGGGGUGGGGCAGAUGGAGGCGGCCUUCCUUCGGCGCUGGAUGAUGAGGAGGGCGGGGCAGAUGGAGGCGUCCUUCCUUCGCCGCCGGAUGAUGAGGAGGGCGGGGCAGAUGGAGGCGGCCUUCCUUCACCGCCGGAUGAUGAGGAGGGCGGGGCAGAUGGAGGCGGCCUUCCUUCGCCGCCGGAUGAUGAGGAGGGCGGGGCAGAUGGAGGCGGCCUUCCUUCACCGCCGGAUGAUGAGGAGGGCGGGGCAGAUGGAGGCGGCCUUCCUUCACCGCCAGAUGAUGAGGAGGGCGGGGCAGAUGGAGGCGGCCUUCCUUCGCCGCCGGAUGAUGAGGAGGGCGGGGCAGAUUGA